UGGCCUUCAGAAAGUUAACAAGGGCAUACUUUGCAUUCUUGGAGGUUUUAUUCAGCAGCCACAUCACUUUUAUAUUGAAUUUGGAUACAAACACCUUUAUGCACCUAGUUGGUUCUCUUGAAUCCGGCCUCAAAGGUCUGGAUACAAAUAUUUCUUCACAGUGUGCUUCUUCUGUUGAUAAUUUGGCUGCUUUCUAUUUCAACAACAUAACUAUGGGGGAGGCUCCCACUUUACCUACUGCAAUUAAUCUUGCAAGACACAUUGCGGAGUGCCCCAAUUUGUUUCCUGAGAUAUUGAAGACCUUAUUUGAGAUUGUUUUAUUUGAAGAUUGUGGCAACCAGUGGAGUCUUAGCAGACCUAUGCUGAGCUUAAUUCUUAUUAGUGAGCAGAUAUUCUCAGAUUUAAAAGCUCAAAUUUUGGCUUCACAGCCGGUGGAUCAACAUCAAAGACUCUCAGUUUGUUUUGAUAAACUAAUGGCGGAUGUUACACGAAGUUUGGAUUCAAAGAAUAGGGACAAAUUCACCCAGAAUCUGACUGUAUUUAGACAUGAAUUUCGUGUAAAAUAAGCUCCAACCUCCGUGUGCAGUAGCCACUAGUAAUUUUCUGGAGUGAAUUGUAUGUGGUGAUGAAGUUAAUGCUAUUGAAGCUUGAGAUUCAUGUCUGAGUACUUGUAAACAUGGAUCCUUUGGUCAGUUUUGUUGUCUGACUUGAAGCGGAGCAGAUGACAAAGGGAGUUCAGGUCUUGUAUGAAUUAUUUUUAUGGUGGUAUUGUAUAGAAUUCUUGUACUUGAAGAGGAAAAGUAUUAAAUGGUAGGUGGCGUGGCAUCCUGAAGACUCAGCGAGGUUUUGCAGAAUGUAGUAGUGAAGGGUUGGUCUUGACUUAUUUUGGUGGUGGGGGAAUGACCAAUGCUCAUUAAAAUUCUUUUGUAGAACAAAGAUGUAAAUCAUUCAUGAGGUUUAUAUGUUCCAGAUUGUCUGUACAUCAUUAACCUCAACAUAUUCUUUGUA